AACUGGGUUUUUUCACACAUACACAAAAACAAUCUUUUCAUUUCGAAUUUCAUAGAACAACUGAAGCAUGUAGAUUUGGAUGAAGUGCUUCUUCCGUAUUUGUGCGAUUUUUUCCUAUUUCCGCGGCGUUUCGUAGUUUUUCAAAGACUUAAAAGUUUUCCAACGCGACGUUCCCUUUGAAAGUUAUUUAACUUGGACCCAAAUGAGUACAGUUGCCUGUUUCGUGAGUUUUCUCUGUCUUAGAUACCUAAACAAUCUUGUCACAAUACUCCUGUAGGUACAAUAUGGAUUUCCCCUAGUGACGAACUUUCGCCAGAGAGCAAUAGCACGUUCUUCACAAUGAAUUAUACUCAAUGUUCGACAUCCUUUAGGUUUUAUUUUGAUGCUUAACUUGCAAAUGUUGUGAGUAUUUAUAAUGUCGUACUUUCCUUCCUGCAAAACCCAAACAAACAAUAUAGACACGAAAUAUAAAUGUAUUUUACCGUAUUUAUUUCCGAAAAAUGUAUGUAAAUCAUACUGUUCAUUUACGAGGACAAUUUCUAUCAUUUGUACAUGCUUCAGUUGUUCUAUGAAAUUCGAAAUGAAAAGAUUGUUUUUGUGUAUGUGUGAAAAAACCCAGUUUCAAAAGUCAUGGUGGUGCAAUAGCUGUCUGUUUUUCAUUUUAUGCUCUCUCUCUUUUCUGUUUAAAGCGUAUGUUUGUUCUGAUUUUCUCUUCUUAAUUCUACAGAGUAAAAUAGAAUUUUAGAAGAAAAAAACAGGUUAUUGACAGUAGGAAGAACAGAAAAAAAGAUCAGUAGCAAAGACCAGUGUGAACGGCUCGUACGCACAACAGCAAUUCAAGAGGAGUAAGUUUCGAAAAUGGCUUAACUUUGCAGAGUAACCGCAGGGAAGAGAAUCCGUGAGCUGCACUCUAGAAAAAAAUCCGACUUAUUCUAUCCGCCUUACUCCUGUAUUGGUCUAACUUUCUUUCUUCCGUCUUAUUUGAAGACAGACAAAUUUAUCAGUCUUAUUUGUAAGGCCGAAGAAAGAGGGCUUAUUUUUAUUGUCUAAGGGAUGAGAAAUCAUCCAUCUCUUUUGUUCUGCAUUCACUAUUUGUAUAUAAAGAACAGACAAUUUAAUGAAAAUACACUAGGAACUUUUCCAUUUUUCUCUUAUAGAAUAGUGACAAUAGCUAGACCGAAAAUAUUGAUCCAUUCUCAUGAGAUUAGAUCAUGCGUGAUCUAAUUUUAAAAUUCGAAAUGUUACGGAAAACAAGACAGAUAAAUUUGUCGGUCUUAAAAUAAGACACCAUGAGUCGGUUGACGAUUAGUCGCAUACAUGGGUCUUAAAUUAAGACGGUUCUAUCCGUCUUAUUUUAACCCAUGUAUGCGAGUAAUCGUCAACCGACUCAUGGUGUCUUAUUUUAAGACACAUUUUUUUAUAGCGUGAGCAUUUAAGUUUACAGAUCUGUUGUGGCAUUGUGCAUCACGUUAUCGUACAGUCGACAUUCCUUAGUAAGACUUGAGAAGUCUGUUUCCCUCUAGCAAAGGUAUCGGUACAUUAGUGGAAACUCCGCCUCAUAUAUAUUUCCAAACUACUACAAGUACAAUAACCUCGUUAUCAAGUUCCUAUGGCAUUGAAGAUGCCGGUACGGUACCGAUGUCAUUAACAAAUUCUUCGCUUGAUUUUGUUGUACUGAGUGAAGCUACAAACAGUUUGUCCGUUACCCUCGUUGCUGUUAUUCUCGCACCUCAAAUUUCGGACCUUCUCAGUGUUGAUGAAUCAAAAGCUGAACAACUGUUGGCAAAAGGUCGUCAAGCAUUGAUUGAUUUUCAAAAUGACAUUGCACCAACUGUUUACACUGAACAAAUGAGUGAGGACAAGUGGUUUCAGACGUUUCUAAAUGAACAAAAACUAGCUGCACCAGAUCUGUACGAUCAAAUUCUAACACGUACAUCAGAAUAUGGAGUGAAAUACCAGAAAUACGAUCCAUUGCUUUCAUUGGUUGUACAAUUUAUUUUUGAGUUUGAUGAUGAGACAAUAAAUACACUGUUUGAUGGUAUUUUAAAAACACUAGCUACGUUCGGUAAAGAAGGUUUGAAGCGAUGUGUCAAAAAUCUCGUGCCAGCUGUGAUGGAACAACAGCUAGCCAAUGAUUCAACUUCACUGACUAUGGCUUUGCAACGCUAUUAUCGACAACCGUUAGAAGAUUUAUUGAAGAAAAGUAAAAUUCCAGAUCGUCAUAACCUUUUCAAUACUGCUCUAACAUGUGUCGUUAAUAGUGGCUGGUGUCAAGGAUUAAAUGAUCCAAAAGUUCGAAAUUUAGUUGCGGUUAAUAAACUAACUGAUUUGAAAGACACAUUGGAACAGUAUAUGACUGAAAACAAUAUGGCUGCCGCAGAAGUUUGUCCAGACAGCAGCAGUGCAAAGGUUUCAACAAACGAAGCGCUUCCCUCGGUAACGACUACUAUCACGUCAACCACAGACAAAUCACCAGUACUCACUCACACGGCGGCAGCAUUAGAGCCUGAUCAAACAGCCUUAAAGCAAAUAGUUGCUGCAGAUGAAUCAGCAAAAAAAAAGGUAAGCACUGGAGUUACGAACGAUAAAAAUUUUGGAUAG